CCACUUAGAAACCUUGUAACCUGUGGAGUAAUUGAAUUGUGUACUUUAGUCAGUGCAUUCUUCAAACUGAGAGCUACACAUGUACAGCAUAAAGAUGGGCUCGAAUGUGAAGAUUAUCAGUAUAUCAGUGGCAGCGUUUGUGCUACUGACAAUCACACUAUACGGAGGUCUAUCCUUUGCUGUGUGGAAUCUACAUACCCAAAGUGUGAGUCUAAAGUAUGAGAAUGCUAACCUACAGAACCAAAUCUCUGAAUUGCGAGGCUUUAUCGGAGCUAAUCCAAACCCCCACUCGAGUGAUGAAGCCACGGUGAUGGACACACUAAAGCGACUAACUCGACAAUCCGGCUCCUCUCAAAGUGCUACUGAUCUACUUGCUGAUGCUUUGGCAGAACUAAUUGAAAAGAAACUCUACACUAUAAUGGACUGUGCUAGAGAUGACGCUGAUAAUUUAACCGACUGUUCGCUCAAGCCAGGCCCAAAGGGGGACAAGGGAUGCCUGGGUGAUCAAGGUAAAGAAGGUCCUCAGGGAAUGAACGGAGAGCCUGGGGUCAAAGGACACAUCGGCUACCCUGGUCAUAAAGGGGAAGUGGGUCCAAAGGGUCCUAUCGGCAAUCCUGGCCCAAUGGGGCACCGAGGGGUUAAAGGAGAUAUGGGCGAGAUCGGUCAACGAGGUGAGGCGGGGGUUAAAGGCGAGCGAGGUUUUAAAGGACAUUAUGGUUUCCCUGGACACAAAGGCGAGAGUGGCGGGCCGGGUGCCAAGGGGGUUAAAGGAGAUCGAGGCUUUGGAGGCAAUAAUGGACGAAAGGGAGAGAAAGGAAUGACGGGGGUGCAAGGUCCACCGGGAUCUAUUCCAACUACUAUUCCCUCUGAGGCGUGUGGUGGUCUUGGAUGGAGGAAGGUGGCAUUCAUUGAUAUGACUGAUACUAGCCAAAACUGCCCUCAAGGACUAACACUGACUGGCUACUCAAAACGAUCAUGUGGUCGGACACAUACAAAUGCAUGGGCCUGUUCAUCAGUCACCUUUCCUGUUGGUGGGGGUCAAUACAGUCGAGUGUGUGGGAGAGCUAAGGCUUAUCAGUGGGGUGAAAUGAAUUCCUUUUUGGGGUACCAUAGACAUUCACGUGGUAUCAAUGCACAAUACGUUGCUGGACUAAGCUUCACUCAUGGAACACCCAGGACACAUAUUUGGUCAUUCGCAGCUGGUUUAUAUCAAGGAAUCAGUGGUACCAACUAUGGAAUCCAUCGCUGUCCUUGUAACCCAGGCAACACUGCCAGCCCCCCUCCUUAUGUUGGUAAUGACUAUUUCUGUGAGAGUGGCGUAAGCUCUAAUUCAGCACGUGGAGGUCGCCUUUACCCUGCUGAUCCACUCUGGGAUGGUCAAGGCUGUAUCCAUGGUAACCAGUGCUGUUCAUUGAACAACCCACCGUGGUUUUUUAAAACACUACCAACCCCCACAACUGAUGAUAUUGAAAUGAGAUUAUGCUUGACUAAUGCAGCAUCAAUUUCUAACAUUGCUCUUGAACAAAUGGAACUAUACGUCUACUGCCAUGGUGAUGGACACACUAAAGCGACUAACUCGACAAUCCGGCUCCUCUCAAAGUGUGGUCGGACACAUACAAAUAGUAUAGAUUGUUCAUCAGUCACCUUUCCUGUUGGUGGGGAUCAAUACAGUCGAGUGUGUGGGAGAGCUAAGGCUUAUCACUAUGGGUGGCUAUAUUCCUUUCUUGGGUAUCACCAGUCACGUGGUAUCAAUGCACAGUACGUUGAUGGACUAAGCUUCACUCAUGGAACACCCAGGACACACAUUUGGACAUUUGCAGCUGGAUUAUAUCAAGGAAUUAGUGGUGAUACUAACUAUAGAAACUAUCGUUGCCCUUGUAACCCAGGCAACACCUACACCUCCCCUCCUUUUGUUGGUAAUGACUAUUUCUGUGAGAGUGGCGUAAGCUCUCGUUCUGCAGUUGGACGUAACAUAUUUUACCCUGAUGAUCCACUCUGGGAUGGUCAGGGCUGUAUCCAUGGCAACCCAUGCUGUUCGUUGAACAAACCACCGUGGUUUACCAAAACACUACCAACCCCCACAACUGAUGAUAUUGAAAUGAGAAUGUGCAUAUGGCAAAUUGCAGUAGCUGGUAACAUAGCUCUUGAACAAAUGGAACUAUACGUCUACUGAUGAUCGAACUAGAGACACUGAACAUUGAUCUGACUCUGUUAGCUACUAGAUUUACAUACCGUAUCCGUAGGGUUAUUUUCAUAUGGAGAAAU